GGGUAUAUGGGCAGUAUAUGCAAUCACAGGUCCGAGCAAACGCAUAAGAAGACACCCAUUUGGCACGUCGUGGGAGGCUGAGGUUGGGAAAACCAAGUAAAGGUCCUCCUUUCUUCACUGUCAAAAAAUAAACAAAACAUAAUCCCAAAAAAAAAAGAAGAGAGGAGGAGGAAGAAGAAGCAAAAAAAAAUGUAUUCUUUGAUUCCAUAAAACAAUUUAAUUCAAAAACAACAACCCACCCCCAAAUAAACACAUUUUUCUCUCCUCUCCUCUCUCAGUCUUUCCAAAAUCUUCAAUUUAUGUCACUCUGAUUGUCCAUAGAUUUUUUAUUUGCUACAUAGUUUUAAUUUCAUUCAUUUUGAUUGAAUCUUGUUGUUUUUGAGCAAUGUGGUUUGAUUUGGUCACAAUUAGGGCUUUGGUUGAGAGCUGGGAGGUUAAUUUGUAAUUAUUUUUCUUUGGGGAAUAUGGGUCCGUGUUGCUUGGAGAUCUGGCUGAUUUGAAGUUGGUUAGAUACCUGUAUGUUGUUCAAUGGUCAAUGUUGUUGUUGUUUUUUAGUUGUAUAUUCUUUAUGGGAUAUGAUUCUUUUGGAUAAAAUUCAUUGUUGGGUUGAUUGAAGCAAUAGCCUUUGGUCAAAUUGGUAUUGUGAAUUUGGGUUUAAUUCAAAUUUCAAAAGAAUCAAAUGUGAAUGCGGGAGAAGGGUUUGGACCUAACUGGUUGAAAAAGGUUAAUACCAUUUGGAUUUUUUUGUGCAACCGGGUUAGUGAGUUUGUGUCAAGUUUUAUCAUGGAUCAUGUUAUUGGUGGUAAAUUCAAGCUGGGCCGGAAGAUUGGCAGUGGAUCUUUUGGGGAGCUCUAUUUGGGUGUUAACAUACAGAAUGGAGAGGAAGUUGCAGUUAAGCUGGAACCUGCAAAAACCAAGCACCCUCAGCUUCAUUAUGAAUCCAAAUUAUACAUGCUUCUGCAAGGAGGAACUGGAAUUCCCCAUCUCAAGUGGUUUGGACUUGAGGGCGAGUACAAUGUCAUGGUUAUUGACCUUCUUGGGCCUAGUCUUGAAGAUUUGUUCAACUAUUGCAAUCGGAAGUUCUCUCUGAAAACAGUGUUGAUGUUAGCAGAUCAGUUAAUAAACAGAGUUGAGUAUAUGCACUCGAGAGGUUUUCUUCACCGUGAUAUAAAGCCUGAUAAUUUUGUAAUGGGUUUGGGGAGAAAAGCAAAUCAGGUAUAUAUCAUUGAUUAUGGCCUUGCAAAAAAGUAUAGGGAUCUUCAAACUCAUAAGCACAUACCAUACAGGGAAAACAAGAAUCUUACAGGCACAGCUCGGUAUGCUAGUGUUAACACUCACCUCGGAGUUGAGCAAAGCAGAAGAGAUGAUCUGGAGUCUAUUGGUUAUGUGCUUAUGUAUUUCCUCAGGGGAAGCCUUCCCUGGCAGGGUUUGAAGGCUGGAACAAAAAAACAGAAAUAUGAUAAGAUUAGUGAAAAGAAGAUGCUUACUUCUAUUGAGGUCCUGUGCAAGGGUUAUCCAUCAGAGUUCACAUCAUACUUCCACUAUUGUCGAUCAUUGCGGUUUGAGGAUAAACCAGAUUAUGCAUAUUUGAAGAGAUUUUUCCGGGAUUUAUUUAUUCGAGAAGGCUAUCAAUUUGAUUAUGUAUUUGAUUGGACAAUUUUGAAGUACCCUCAGAUCGGUGCCAGUUCAAGACAAAGGCAAGCAGCAGCCAAACCAGCUUUAAAUGCUGGACCAUCUGGUGAAAGAGCGGAAAGGCCUUCAGUGGGACAAGAGAUUCGGGAUAGAUUCUCAGGUGCGGUGGAAGCAUUUACCAGAAGAAACACAUCAGGUGUUAGACUGCAUGGUGAUCAUUCCAAGCACAAAGCAUCCGAUGAUGUCCCAUCUUCUAAGGAAGUG